GGACCGUGGAGGGCUAGAGGAGGAGGAGGAGGAAAGAAACAGCGUCCUGGGAGCGCGUAAAGUUCUCUGUUGGCUGUGCGCUUUUACGCACAGACCGUGGACGGUGACCGGACCUGUGUGAGUCUCCGUGAGCACGGCAGCAUCAUGAGUGGCAACACAGAGGGGGUUUUCCUCUCUCCGCCAAGGGAGUGAGGACAGAAGAAGAGGACAGACAAGAAGGAAGAAGUAAGAGAAGAGCAGGGAAGGGGAGAGGAGAGGAGAGGAAAAGCAGUGGAGGAAAACAGAAAAGGAGGACAGGGAAGCAACAAACUUUCCUCUAAAGGAUCUUUCCACCUCAUACUGAGACUCUGGUUGAGCCAAAGUGCCCGACCAUGAGGCUGUGAAUCCCUCCUUCCUUUUUUCCUCUCACAGAGCUCAUUUUCUUCUUUAGCUGACCCCAUGUCUCCGAAAGUGGCACCCACCGUUCAGAGCACAGGCACCCACCUCUGGCUGCUGCUGUGUCCCCUGCUCUGUGCGCUGGCCCUGGCUAGAGGCUCCACACUGAGCCCUAAGGACUUGCAGAGCACUGCAGCCAUGUCGCUGCCAGAGGACGGGACCGGUACGACGUUCCAGCUGCAGCCAGACCUGCAGACUGAAGCCCAGAUGGAAGCACAGACAGAAGCUCAGACAGAAGUACAGACAGAGGCUCUGACAGACCCGCCAACUCAGAGCAUCACCAGCAACUAUACAGGUCUGUCCUGCGUCCCUGUCCUGCCACCACGCCGGGGUUCUUUCUACGUGGAGAGCGGCACAGGCGUGUCAAUCGGUAGCGUGUUGGCCUUCUGGUGCAGAGAGGGAUACCAGCUGGUUGGCAGUGACAAAAUCUACUGCAAUGUCAGGAACGGCAAACCGCAGUGGAGCAACUACCUGCCUGUGUGUGAAGCAAUCCCCCGACCUGAGGACCGAGGCCUUAGAGUGGCUGUGUUGGCUUCAGUGGUGAGUGGCAUUGUCAUCCUCGCCAUGUCCCUGUCCUUCCUCAUCUGCUGCCUGCAGGAACGAUCCAGUCGGGACCGAGCCAAGAAGGAGGGACGGAGCAGACGCAGAGAGAAGCGCUCGGCCCGUCGCAGCGAGUGUUGGCUGGAGAGAGAAGAGGGUGAGUGGGAAUCUUUCCCCCCUCCCAAGAUCUUCCAUCUCUCCCAGAGGAUGAACCCCCGGCUGGCUCCUGACAGCCCCCUCUACCUGACUGGAGGACUCGGUGGAUAUGAGAACAGAGGAUACCAGAGGAGUCAGGAGAGCUUGCUGAAGGCCUCCAUGCCUGGGCUGUACCGCUCCGACUCUCAGCUUUACCCACACGUCGUGCUGCAGAGGGUCCCAACUCCGACUGCACCCUCCGCCCCAUCCGCUCCGUCCGCCCCCCUCUACCUCCACCUCCCUUCCUCCUCCUCCGCUGCCUCCUCGCCCGCCCACAGCCAGCCUCACAUCAUGGCGCAGUAUCCCACCCCGACGUACCCGCCAAACCCCAACACAGCUGUGCCCGCCUACCCACACCCGACACCGGCGCCUAUCUACCCCAACCCCAACCCGACACCACAGCGGCCAUGGCAGUAGCGACCUCUUCCACUUUCUCUGUUCUAAAGCAGACAUGAAAAAAAGGUGUAAAAAUGGAGAUGCAGCCAGUGUAGAAGUUCCCCCUUUGUGCUGCAUGCUUGCUGAACUCGUCCUGCAUUUUGGACUCAACAGGAACACAGAUUUUCUUUUUCCUUAAUUCUUACUGAACUGCUGCUGCACUUUCUGCAAGAGGAGUUCUCUGGAGGAGGUCUUGCAUUCUUUUAGCCGUCGGAAAUUAUGAGAAAGCUUCAAGUAGCCCGUCGACAAGGGAACGCAGGAAGCUUUUAUUUAAGGAGUGACGUUCAUGAAAGAAUAACCUGCAAUAAAGGAUCAUAAAAGACUUUGACUGUGGCUGCCACUGUUCAGGCAGCUCAAACCUCUCAGCAGUGUUCAUUUUUUUAAUAGUUUAUUGUUAUGAAAAGGAUCCCUAUCAGCCUUCCUGAGGUCCACAUACUCUAAUCUAGACAGAUAUAUAUAUA